AGGAAAAAAAUCAGAAAUUCACCAAGUCCUCUUCUCUACCAUGGAAUCGCCCUUUGCUCCCCCCAAAAAUCAUUUUGCUGCAAAUGAAAAGCCUCCAAAAUCAUACAGAGAACUCGUCUCCACCCUUCCUAGAACCAAAGGCUGGAAUGCCAAAGAUGAUCUUUAUCACUACCAAGGCUUUUGGUUCUAUCCAACAUUCCUGGAUGGAAUCAUGUCGGCUCAAGAUCACUUCAGGGCUCAGCCUUUGGAUAUCCUCAUUUGCAGCACCCUGAGAAAUGGUACUACCUGGCUCAAGGCCUUGGCCUUCGCCAUUGUCACAAGAAACUCCUUUGAUGACCCCACAAGCCCUUUGCUCUCCACAAUACCCCACGAAUGCAUACCCUUCGUGGAGAUGGAUCUUAGCCAUGGAUCGAGUGCUCGAGACCCUGAAAUGCCCCUUUUAUCCACCCACAUCCCCUUCUCUUCCUUGCCUAAAUCAGUACUCGAGUCUGGGGCGGUGGAGAAGAUCGUGAAGAUGUGUAGCUUCGAGAAUCUGAGCAACCUGGAGGUGAAUAAGACGGGAAAGCACCGUCAGGACACCCAAAUGCCAAUUCAAAACAAUGUGUUCUUUUGGAAAGGAAAGAUCGGAGAUUGGAAGAACUAUCUGACGCCCGAAAUGGCCGCACGCUUGGACAGGAUAACAGAGCAGAAACUGGGGAACUCUGGCCUGAAUCUGGUUCGUCACUAAACACACAUGGUGAUUUGCGAUUAUGUUCCUGGAAAGUGUUUUCAGAGAGUAUAGUUCGCAAGUACAAGUGCUGUAGCAUCGUAUCUCAUGUUGCUCGUUCAUAGCACCGUUGGUCCAACAAAUAAAACGUUGUGAUUAUU